AUCAGAACACAUCUCGGACCCGUUCGCUGCUCCAGAGUCUGCCAGAAUAUGUCCGAGCACCGGCGGGACCUGGUCUACCUGAUCACCGGGGGCUGCGGGUUCCUGGGCAGACACCUCCUGCGGGUUCUGCUGGAGAAGGAGGACGGGCUGGCGGAGGUCCGGGUCUUCGACAAACACACAGACCCGAGUCUGGAAGGAUCCGGCACAGAUCGGACAAAGGUGGUGGUCAUUCCAGGAGACAUCUCCGACUACAGCAGCGUGUUGGAGGUUUCCCGUGGAGUUGAUGUGGUCAUCCACACUGCCAGCCUAGUGGACGUCUGGCACAGAAUCCCAGAAUCCCUCAUCUACUCAGUCAACGUCUCAGGAACAGAAAAUGUGAUCAAUGCGUGUGUGGAGAACGGCAUCCAGAGCCUGGUCUACACCAGCAGCAUGGAAGUGAUCGGCCCAAACAUGAACGGAGAUCCCUUUAUACGGGGUAAUGAAGACUCCCCCUACCUGGUGAAACACACUAUGCCCUACCCCAAGAGUAAGGCCAAGGCAGAGAAACUGGUGCUAGAAGCCAAUGGAACCAAGGUCAAAGGGGGACAGUCUUUGCACACAUGUUCCCUGAGGCCGACGGGGAUCUACGGCGAAGGACACGAGCUGAUGUUGGAGUUCUACAAACAGGGCGUGCAAAAGGGGGGCCUGAUUAUCGGGGGGGUCCCUGAUAACACGGAGCAUGGACGGGUCUAUGCAGGUAACGUUGCGUGGAUGCAUGUACUCGCAGCCCGGGCCCUGAGAGAGCGCCCUCAGACGGUCGGAGGCGAGGCGUUCUUCUGCUACGACGACUCGCCGUACAAGAGCUACGAGGAUUUCAACAUGCAGUUCCUGUCUGCGUUCAACUUCAGACGGGUCCGCAUGCCCAUGCUGGUGCUCUGGUUCCUGGCCGUGCUCAAUGACAUCCUCCGCUUCAUCCUCAGCCCCUUCUACAACUACACGCCUCUGCUGAACCGCUACACUCUAGCCGUGGCUUGUACCUCAUUCACGGUCGGAACAGACAAAGCCCAGCGCCACUUCCAGUACCGGCCCCUGUAUGACUGGGACCAGUGCCGAGCUCGCACGCAGACAUGGGUCAACACGUUCCCCCUGGAUAAUCCUAAAGACUCUUAAAGGUCCGAUGGGUGAUGUUUAGUGACAUCUAGUGGUGAUGUCGCAGAAAAAUUCAAGUUUUUUUUUUAUCUUCUCUGGAACUUUAAGUCAAGGAGAUAAUAACUCCGGUCUACACUCAUGGUAAUACCACCUGCAAUAAAACAAAAAAGACGAAAAGGAAUUCCGUUGUGAGCUACUGUAGAAACAUGGAACCAUGGAUUUGACCUGCUCCGUUUGCAGACAUAGUCGACUCAUGCUACGUUCCAGGCAACCCGUAACUCGUCUUUUUCCAUCCUUCUACUGGUGAAAAUGCACUGGAAUGUCAGUCAAACCCGUUACUUCCCACCCGUGAACUUGUACUAGACCCAUGUACUCCCAG